AUGGCUGCAGCACAAACACAUGUAGCUCACGAGCUGCUCUCUCGCGCGCACUCCCCCGAUACAGCCCAGCAAUUGUUCACCGAGCGCAUCAAGCAGAAACCUCUCUAUCUCCGACCAACAUCCCCAACCCCGGCCGACAAUCGGUCGCGACGACGACUACAGCGUCUCCGCAAGAAAGAGUAUUUCUUGAGGAAGCAAAAACCGCAGCCCCUCUCCGCGCGCGAGAAACGUGUUUCUGGAAUCCACAAUAUCCCCACGGAAGAAUGCAAAUAUGAAAUUUUCAAGGGCUUGCAUGAACUAUGGGUGCAAUACAUGCAGGACGUGUUGGAUAUCAAAGAUCGCAAGGCAAAUACCAUUCCGCAGAUAACAGCCCAGGGCCACGGGAGUAAACUCGUCAGUGCCGACUAUCAUGGUGCAGAAGUUGAGGUUGUGCGCAGUCGAUGUGCGGGGAGAGUGGGCAUCAAGGGUAUUGUCGUUAGGGAUAAUAAGUUUACCUUUGUGAUUGUCACAGAAAAAGACGUCGUCAAGACUAUCCCCAAGGAACACACCGUUUUCCGGUUUACGAUACCUAUCCCUUCGCCGCUGCCGAACGAAGACGAUGCUGCUGAUGUUUCACAAAAUACCGGCAAAGACCUGGUUUUUGAAUUGCAUGGCAGUCAAUUUGAGAACCGGCCUGUUGACCGUGCCAAUAAAAAAUUCAAGUGGAAGAAUAUCGACUAUGUGUGA